AUGCGUUCAAUCACACUUUUCGUGCUCAGUAUUGUAAUAGGAAGUGCAUUCGCAUGCAAGUGCUUGCCUCUUAAACCUAAUGACGCUUACUGUAAAGCUGAUUGGGUAUCCCAUGUCAAAAUCAGACUUCGCUCCACAAAGCAACCCAAUUCUUCGGAUCCUAACCGUCCAGGAUUGAACCAUAUCAAGUACGACGUUGAACAUGUGAAAGUCUUCAAGAAGCCAAAUGAUGUCCAAACACUGCCAACUCAAAUAUUCACACCAUCUGAAUCAGCUGCUUGUGGAUUGAUCCUCGAUACUGGAAACGAAUACCUUCUCGCAGGAAGAAUGAAUAAUGGUAGUCUGACUACAGUCAUUUGCGGACAAGUUCUUCCCGAACAACCCGUAGAGAACGCUUCUGGUGUUGUUCUUCAAUGGUCUCAAGUACCUAAGGACCUGGCUCAAGCUAUACCAAACUUCAAAUGCUAA